AUGGCGCGAGUGAACGAGUUCACGCCGCUGCUGGUCGACGACGGCCAGUUUAGCCCUCCCACGCGCCGCCGCAGCGUGUGGCAGUAUGUGUUAGCAGGGGCACUGGGUCUUGGCGUCUUGAGCCUGUUUCAACAGCGGAAUUCCGUCCCCAUUGACGUUACAGACGUCAUCGUCUCCUUCGACGAGACUUCAACAUCUGACGCCGAUGAAUUGGCGUUUCGGUCCACUAUGGAGACAUUCAAGGACCCGACGGUGGACCCUUGUGUGGAUUUCUACCAAUACGCAUGCGGUGGAUGGCUGAAGGCGCACGAAAUCCCAGCGGACCGUCCCGGCAUCGACUCGUCCUUCUACGUCGUCUCGGAGAGCAACAAGGACACGAUUCGUAAGAUUUUUGACCAAAAUCCCCCGCAAAUUGGACAAUUGUACCAUUCGUGUCUCAAUACCCAAGAGGUGGACAUUGACGCGGUGAAUUUUAUUGCCAAACUCAUUGAAAACGUCCACCAAGUCAACUCCACACUUGAAUUGAUGGCACUCGCCGGUGAAAUAGACCAAUCUCUCGGGAUCAGCACCUUUUUCAGUGUAUCUGUGGGUGCAGACCCCGAAGACCCAACCAUAAACGUCCUCCAACUAGCUCAAGGUGGGCUCACACUACCGUCACGAGAAUAUUACUUGGAAGAGAGCAAGGUGGAUGCUUUCGCGGCACUCUAUGUGGACUAUGUGACCAAAUUAUUCGCAGUCGGAGGUCUAGACAGUCAUAAUGUCAGUGAGUACGCCGAGGCGGUCCUAGAGACCGAGACAGCGUUGGCCAAGAUCUCUCUGUCAAAUGCAGCACUAAGAAACCCGUGGACGACCAAUACAGCGUACCCGUUCGCUGAAAUCGCUACGAGAUACCCAUUCUUAAUGGCGUAUCUUAACGGAAUCUACAAAUUGGAGCCAUUUCCAAUGCUUCAUGCCAUCAUCGCCACGCCCAGUUUCUUUGAAGCGCAGAAUGAGUUACUGAGUGAUGAAACGUUGUUGCCACAGUUGAAAAACUACGUGAGUUUUCAUCUCAUCGACUCGUUCGGAGCUGUUCUGGGAGAAUAUUUCCGUCGUGCGAGUCACGAAUUUCAUGGUAAAAUUCAAGGCGCGGGAGAUCUGCUUCCCCGGGACCAAUUUUGUGUACGUUUAACGACGAACUUUUUGGGAGAUGAACUGGGAAAAUAUUACAUGCAAGAGGUGUUUGGACCCGAUGCAAAAGCUGCAGCACAAGCUCUGGUGACGGAGAUUGAGGAGUCAUUGAAAGCUCUACUAUUGACCGAGUCGUGGUUGGAUAAAGUCACGUAUGAUGCAGCUGUGGACAAGCUGAACAAUGUCAAGAAUUACAUCGGAGGCCCAGACGAUGUCCCACCGCUACCGUUUGAACUACAAGCUGACGCGUUCUUUAACAAUGUGAAGAGUUUAAUGCAGUUAAGCGCUGCAGAUACCAUUCAAGCUGUCGGUAAACCAGUGGACGAACAGGCCUGGGAUAUGUUCCCGUCGACAGUCAACGCGUACUACGACCCGAGUGCGAACAAGAUGGUGUUCCCUGCUGCUAUCUUACAGCCGCCAUUCUACAGUUCUGAGCACUUCCCCGCUGCAGCAAACUUCGCUCGUAUUGGAAUGGUAAUGGGCCACGAACUCUCGCAUGGAUUCGACGAUCAAGGACGAAAUUACGAUGGCAACGGAGCCCUUCGCUCCUGGUGGACCCCGUCGGUGUCUGCUCAAUUCGCAGAGAAAGCUCAGUGUUUAGCAGCCCAGUACUCGUCGUUCCCUGUGGUCUCUAAUGAAGACGGGCAUGUGCUUGGUACGGUGAAUGGUAACCUGACACUUGGCGAAAAUAUCGCUGACAAUGGAGGGAUUCAUCUCGCAUACGAGGCCUAUCAGCUUUGGAAAAGUACGUUUGUAUCGCCACCGAUCGUCCCUCCCCACGAGACCCCAACGCCUCCGGUAGAACCACCAUUGCUACAGGCGACGGAUACUGGACUUCCUCCUCCAGUCCUUCCUAUCCCUGAAGCGGAGACGCCCGAGCCACAGACUGAACCAAGUGGAGAUAUUCCGGUACCUACCUCACCACAUCCUGACGAAACUUCACCAGCACAAGAGCUGCCUAUUCCAGAGCAAACGCCUGUUCCAACGGAGACGCAUCCAGCUACUGGGGCGCCAGUAAUGGCGCCGCCUGCACCAACCAUACCGACACCCCCCACUGUCCCUGAUACUCCACCCGUGGUGCCUGAUGUGCCUGACACUCCAGCGCCGCCAAAUGUACCUGACAUCCCGCCUCCCGUACCGACCCCUCCGCCUGCAAUUAUGCCUCCGCCUCAACCAAAGCCAAGUGAUGCAACCCCUGACGAGACCUCCAAGCAUAAGCAUAAGGAAAAAGAGGAACCUGGUGACAAGGAGCACGAAAAACACAAGCAACAUGGAAGUGCCUCUGGAAAAGACAAGAAGCAUGACAAUUCUGAAUCAAAAAAGGAUGAUGAGAAGAACCACAAGCCCAGUGAAAAGGAGGGUAAGUCAGAAGAUAAGAGAAAGCACGGCCAUGAAACCCACGGUAAGGAGGACGAGAAGUCCAAGAAAACCCACGAUAAGGGUGGUGAAGAGAACACGAAGGAAGAGCGUCAUAGGCAUGAAAAUUCUGAGAAUAAGGAUGACGACUUGAAAAAGCACAAAAAAGACGAUGCAAAAAACAAGGAGGACAAAUCCGAGGCUCAUGAGAAGACGCACCAUCACGAAGAUGAAAAAGACGGCGACCCCGACGACAAAUAUCAUUAUGAGGGUGACCGUGACAAGCAUGGCCAUAGUGAACAUGAAAGCAAGCAUGAACGACGUGAAGGCCAUCACCGCCGUGACGAAGAAAAGGAAGACAGCCAUCAUCGUGAAAAGAGGCACCACGAUCGUAAAGGGAAUGAUGGCCGUGACGAGGAAGGAGGCUGUCGUUGUGGAAAUCAUCACCACUGGGAUGAAGAUGAUUGGGAAAGUGAUCGACGCAAGCAUCACAAACGCCAUGAAGAACACAGAGGAAAGCACCACCACCACCAUCACCGUUGGGAUGAGGACUAUGGCGAUGACGACUACGACGGGUACCGUGAAUCGAGACAUCAUAAGAAGCAUCAUCCUCAUCAUGAAGAAGAACGAGAAGAACGUUGGCAUGAAUGUGAUUGUGAGCGACACCACCACAAGCACAAACAUCACUGGGACCACGACUGGGAGCGCUUGGAGCGCAAGUAUCCGUUUUCCCAUGGCAACCUGAGGAUCCACACUAUGGUCCAGAAGCUAGCUCGUGCUAUGGUGCUGCCCAGUGACUCAGUGGCAGAUGAUCAGCUGUUCUUUACGGCGUUUGCUCAGAACUGGUGUGAGAAGAGCACACCUGGAUAUGCAGAGCUAUUGCGCACAAUCGACCCUCAUUCGCCUGGUAAGUGGCGUGUCAACGGCCCGCUGAUGAACUACAACAAGUUUGCUGAGGCGUUCUCAUGCCCAGUGGGAACCCCCAUGAACCCAGAGAAGAAGUGCGUCAUUUGGUAA